UCAUUCUGCUGUAAGCAGCAAGGCAGAGCAGUUACGUUUUAUGUAUAUUUUUUUUUCCUGCUUGGAAAUUGAGUUAGAGUGUAGCAGCACCACGGGAAGGAAGCGGGCAAAGGGAGGAAAUUUAGGGGCAGCUCGGUGGUCGAGGCGAUACUGAGACUCCCAUUACUGGAGGAAGAAAGGGAAGAGAGAAGUGCGAGGCUGUGCUGAGCCUGGAAGUGGCUGACAGAGACGAGCCGCUUCUGACGUUCUCCACGGGCAGUGCUUCCCCCAAAUGAUGCUCUCCAUUGUCGGGCAGAGGUUAGAGUGAAGCCGGCCGAAAGCUUUCAGAACAUCUGGAACCAGCAGGAGAAUAACAUGAACUGACGGGGAAAAAGGGGGCUCGUUUUUCAAUUAUUUCAUGAACACAUUGUGAGAAGCAGGAGGAGGGGGGUCAAAAAACCGGGAACCCGUUCGCCGCAAGGUCUCCGCUGGUCAGUGAGGAUUUUCCAGGAACCAUGGGGAGAAAAAAGAUCCAGAUUCAGAGGAUCACAGAUGAAAGGAACCGACAGGUGACAUUCACAAAGCGCAAAUUUGGCCUGAUGAAGAAGGCCUACGAGCUGAGCGUUCUGUGCGACUGCGAGAUCGCCCUCAUCAUCUUCAACCACUCGAACAAGCUAUUUCAGUACGCUAGCACUGACAUGGACAAAGUACUGCUCAAGUACACGGAAUACAACGAGCCCCACGAGAGCCGGACUAAUGCAGACAUCAUAGAGGCGCUGAACAAGAAGCACAGGGAGUACGAGAGCCCAGACGCGGACGAUGUUUUUGCGCUGACUCCGCAGACGGAAGAGAAGUAUAAAAAGAUUGACGAGGAGUUUGAUAAAAUGAUGCAGAGUUAUAGACUCGCAUCUGCAGUGCCAGCUCCGAAUUUUGCCAUGCCGGUUACAGUACCAGUGACCAACCAGAAUUCACUGCACUUCAGCAACCCAGGCGGUUCCUUAGUCACACAGUCACUGAUGACUUCCUCAUUGACAGACCCACGGCUCCUGUCUCCACCCCAGUCGGCCUUACAGAGGAACACAGUAUCACCCGGUCUACCUCAGAGGCCAGCCAGUGCAGGUGCAAUGUUGGGAGGGGAACUGAACUCCAAUGGAACAUGCCCAAGCCCUGUAGGAAAUGGUUAUAUCAGCGCAAGAGCUUCUCCGGGUCUCUUACCUGUAUCCAAUGGGAACAGUAUGGGCAAAGUCAUCCCAGCUAAAUCUCCAACACCUCCUAACCAAAAUAACCAGCUAGGAGUCAACAGCCGCAAGCCAGACCUGCGUGUUAUCACGUCACAAGGCGGCAAAGGGUUGAUGCAUCAUUUGACCGAGGAGCAGUUGGAGAUGAGUGCCCAGCGAUUAGGAGGCGUUUCACAAGCGGCCCACUCGCUCACUACCCCAGUUGUUUCAGUGGCCACUCCGAGUUUACUGUCACAUCAUGGACUGCCUUUCUCUGCCAUGACCACAGCAUACAACACAGAUUACCAGCUGACCAGCGCAGACCUGUCAUCGCUCUCUUCAUUCAGCUCUCCCGGCAGUUUGUCUCUCGGCAAUGUGACCGCCUGGCAACAGCAUCAUCAGCAACAGCAGCAUCACAACCAACAGCAACAACUCAUCCCGGUGUCACUCAGUAACUUAGUGUCCAGCAGUCACCUCCCACACACUGCCACCCUGACGGUCAACACCAACCCCACCAACAUCAGCAUCAAAAGGGAACCGGCGUCCCCGAACAGAGAACGGAGUACAGGCACCCCACUGAGCUGCUUCCCCCACCAGAGCCGGCAUGAAGUUACCGGCCGCUCUCCUGUCGACAGCCUAAGCAGCAACGCCAGCUCUUUUGAGGGGAACGAUCGAGAGGACCCACGGGGAGACUACACCUCGUCCCUCGGUCUUCUAAGACCCUCGGGCGACACGGAGAGCGAGAGCCAAUCUGUCAAACGCAUGCGACUUGACGCAUGGGUAACAUAACUGCCCUUUGCUCUGACACUUUAUUCUUUCGCUCGCAGCCCGCAUAAGGGCCGGGCAGAAGGGUGGAGUGCGACAAGGGAGGGUGGGGAGGGAAAAGGAAUAGCCGCCAGUGGUAUAUAUUGCUGUAGGGUGGGAACCUAUCAUUAACUGCCUGAGAUAUAGCUUUAGUAUUUGGUAGGCAUUCUUCCUAGUCCAGUGCCCCUGGCAAUGUCUGCAGAAGUCACGGCACUCCAUGGCUGCAGUGUAUAACUCUGCUGUGUAUAACCGCACAUCUCCAGCACUCCAAAGAUACCCGCUACCUUGUUGGAGUCAUCUUCAACCGCAGCUGCUAAAAAAAAUACCCCCACACUGACUUCAGUUUGCCCUCUCCGCCCCUCUCACUGCCUUACCUCUUGCUCCAAACACCGACUUUGCCACUGUGCUGGGGCAGCUUGAAAUUCCACAAGGGGCAGCAGCUGAAGGAAACUUGGAGAGCCCUGUAUUGUUAUACACAGCGGUCCAUUCACUCACGGAAUUCAUAUAAUGGUUUAAAUCCCAAUUUGUAUGCGCGGUACAGCAAGGGGCUGUAACCGUACAUGGAUCCAUGCCGCUUCGGAGAAAUCCGCUUAUUUUCCAGCUCUGGAGAGGUCACUUCUGUCUAUGAACUUUGUGACGUCGUCCGACAUUGUGAUAUCAUCUGCUUAGCUUAAUUUUCUGCCUGUUUAUCUGCGGUGAAACGCUCACUUACAAAAUGCUGGGUUACAUACAGACUAUGGAUUCAGCCGUAUACAGGUCAGCGCAGCAUUAUAUGAACCCUUCACCGAGAGAUAUAUUCAGGGUCUAUGCUAGAUGGAGACUUUCUACCCUCCUCUUCAUCCUCACAGCGGAGAUAAAGUCAAAGUGACACCGUCCAGAUUCUAUCCCGUCCCAGAAAUGAUCCAUGCCAUGAUCUUUCCAGCUUCAGAUCAAGUCUGCAUGUUCACCCCCCCCACCCCUGUCAGCCAUGGAGUUCUGUAUAAUGCAGACAUUGCCUUUUUUAAGAGAGAAAAAAAAAACAAGAAAUAUAUAUAAUAUAUACAUAUAUAUUUAUUCUUUUAAAUGCGGUAUUUUUAUUUUAAGGAAAGUGCAGGAUGUGAUUUCACUUACUGAAAGAAAAGGAACCUUGCACGGCAUCGGGUAUUUUCGGCACUGUCCUCUCCCACAUGUGAAGGGGUUGUAUUAGAUAAGAUCUAUGUAAAUAAACCAAUCAAUUAAAACCUAUCACAGUAAUAGCCCCGCCCCCACGACUCCAAUAAAUGUAAAGAACUCAAAUAUUUCCCUGCCCCUAAUUUUGGUAAGUGAAAUCAUGAAUCAGUCUCCUUAUAGUGAAAUCACAUUCAUGCCCAAAGAGAAACAGGGACUUAGCAUAUCCUCCCCUUCGGUAUGAGUGGUUUAUAAUAAAGGUUAAUUCCGUUUUAUCUGGGGUGCAUUAACCCGGGGUAAGAACAUGGGAAACCAACUAGAGGAUCCACCUUCCAAGUGUCUUUUCCUGUGUUUUUCUGCUGAUUAAAGUUCUGUAACUUACACAGUCAUAUAAAGCCCAGUUGAUAUAUAUUAUAUUUAUAUAGUACAAUACAUCAUAGCAAGAUGUUUAUAUGGGACAUUCCUCAUAUCUAGGUUUAUUUUACUUUUGUUAUACAUUUGCUUGAAUGAUGGGUAAGUGGGUUGGGCCUUAUAUAUGGCAGGGUCGGACUGGCCUGGGGUACCCAUGGAUCUUCUGGUGGACCCACUUUGCAUACAUAGCAAUAAUAAAUAUUGCAACUGGCGCCAUUUUCAUCCAACUGUUGAGAGAAAAGGCCCUGGAUAUCAAGUUCCCUGUUUGGCCUGUAGGAGUUCCCUGUUUGGCCUGUAGGCGUUCCCUGUUUGGCCGUAGGAGUUCCCUGUUUGGCCUGUAGGAGUUCCCUGUUUGGCCUGUAGGAGUUCCCUGUUUGGCCUGUAGGAGUUCCCUGUUUGGCCUGUAGGAGUUUGAUGUUUCUCCUGUAGGAGUUCUCUGUUUGGCCUGUAGGAGUUCUCUAUUUGGCCUUGAGGAGUUUGAUGUUUCUCCUGUAGGAGUUCUCUAUUUGGACUUGAGGAGUUUGAUGUUUGGCCCAUAGGAGUUUAAUGUUUGGACUGUAGGAGUUCCCUGUUUGGCCUGUAGGAGUUCCCUGUUUGGCAGUAGGAGUUCCAUGUUUGGCAGAAGAGUUCCAUAUUUGUCUGUAGGAGUUUGAUGUUUCUCCUGUAGGAGUUUGAUGUUUGGCCUGUAGGAGUUCUCUGUUUGACCUGGAGGAGUUCCCUGUUUGGCUUCUAGGAGGCCAAGUCCAAUGCAGUAUCUGAUUGUCAUACACAUACAAAUAGAAUGGUGGUGAGUAGGAUGGUCCUGUAAACCGUAGUAUACGUGUAAGGCAUUCCUCAUAUUAAUCUAUUGCCUUUAUUGGUUCAGUUAUGCCAUGUGACAUUUUAAAUAGACUGAAAAUGGGUGGAGUCAAGAGUAGAAGGCUCUGUAAGGCUAUCCCUGUAUCUGUCUUAUACCCAAAGACACAAAAGGGGGUUAGAGUCUGUCAUUUAAGGACAAUAUGGACUUACAUUUGGAAUGGGAAGCUUCCAGACCUACAUUUUAGGUAGUUCUUCUAGUGUUGGUGAUCUCUUCGUAUUUCACAGUUGGUAGGAGUUAAAUUGAAGGGAAGUCAAUGUCAGAAUAUUAAUUAUAAUAAUAAUUUGCAAUUGUUCAUUGAGAGGGACCCCAAAAGUGUCCACUAAGAAAGGUUCUGAUCUUCUGGGCCCUAUAUGGGGCAAACAUGACUCCAGCAGCAAAAACCAGGAAAAGGUAAUGGAUCCCAGAUAAAACGAGCUAGCGGGAAUAAGAUUCCCACAGCUGUUGGCUUAUUAAGGCUUAUAAUAUGGACGUUUGAAGAAUUACGCGGGCCUUGGCAAUGACCGGUUCUUGGAGAACUGUUUUUACUUUUAUUUUUUGUCUCACACACAUGUUAAUGAUACUCAUAUUCAUUUUCAAAACAAGGAGAAAACAAAAAAACGACAAUCUUUGAAAAAAAAAAAAUUGACCUCCCGCCCCCCCGUUUUUAUCUGUAUAAAUAUUUGUUUCUGAUUUUUAAUAUUAUUUCUCGUGCUCAUUUGUGCUGUUGACAGUUACAUUGUGAAUAUUUUUUUUUAUAUUCGUAAAUGUUUUGCGUUCAGUAGAGUAGCUAUUGUUUUUAUUCUGGUUUUUUUUUCUUCUUCCCUUUUCAUUUUAUUAAAGGGGUGUGGCGGAAACUUGCACGACACAAGACGGAAAAAAAAACAAAAACAAAAAAAAUUUACAAGUUAAAUGCUGCAGUUUUUAGAAGAGUGGAGAAAAAUUUAAGAAUAUGAGCAUAUUUAUUCUCAAAAGGCUAAAAAAAAGGUGUAAAAUGCAUGAAGUCAUAUUUACAAAAAACACCAAAAAAUAAAAAAAAAAGACAAAAAAUUGUAACCUCAAUGAAAGUGUAGCGUUUAAAAUUUAAACAACGGAAAAAAAAUAGCUAAUAUAUUGUGUUUGGCUGGUUCGCUUUUACUUUUGUUUUUUUGUUUACUGUUUUUUCCCCCCUCUUUUUUGGACUCUGAGAUACAAUUGUGUAUAUUUUCAUAUAAGAAGUAUGCACUGAUAUGUUUAAAAAUGAUAUAUUGCUUUUUAAAAGUGUGGUUACUUACCAAAGUUUCCGUCUAUGCUUUCCCUUCUGAAAUGUUAAUAAGGGUCUCCUGACCAUUGGGUCUUCCAUGACAGCCACUCAGGUGGCAUGAGGUCAAAAAGUGUUGCAUGUCCCGCUGGCACCAACCUGCUCAGAGCAUCAUAAGCACCCGCCACAUGUUAUCAACCAUUCAUCUCAUUGCUAUCAAGGGCUGUCUGAUUUUCAUAAAGUCGCACACACGGAAGGACAAGUGUUAUAUGUUGCCUGAAAUUUAGGGCUAAAUUGUUAGCAGUAGCUCCAUAUUGGUCCAGUUGAGUUGACUCCCCUCCUGCCACGUUGUUCUUGGCAUGAACAGAUGAACUGAGAAGCAAAUAUCCUUGUGGAAAGGUACAAUAACCACAAGGUACUUGUAGUAGAACCAGUGUGGGUUCUUUAUUAGCUCAUGAAAAUAGUAAUAGUAAUGUUUUGGGCUUGACAACAUUGCCCUUUUGUACACGAGCUAAUGACCCACACUGGUUCAACUGCAUCAGUAGGGCCAUUGGUGUUUUUCUUUUUGAUACAGUUUUUGGGCCAUACACCUAGAGGCACCUGAUACCAAAUAGGUAUAUACUGGUAGUAGCACUCCACUCUGUACUGUAUGUACUUGUAGUAGAAUGAAACAUGAAGCAGAUACACCUCCUAACAUCCAAACUGAAAAUAGGUCCUCCACCAGACCAUCAACCAGUAGUAUCAGUUAAAACAGCAACCUUUAUCAGAACAUGAUAAAUGCUUAACGCGUUUCGCAUCAUGGACUUGCUCGUAAUACUUAUGAAUAAGGGCAUGACACUAGUUGGAGGGCUGCUGGAGCACAUAUUUGAAUGUUAGGAUUUGACCCUUAUUUACAAGCUCAGGGAUGCAGCACCUGGGUCACCGAAUCAUGCCAGUCAGUCCCUAUUUCUUUCAUUAUAAAUGGUACUAAGUUGUGUCUUUGAGCUUAUGGUCCAUCAAACUACUGAAAUUGGUUGUGUUGUGAUGCAUUAAUAAAUGCACCUUCCCACAAAGAAAUAUGGUAAAUGCAUCAGAGAAAGACUACUCAACUAGACCUGGAGUCGUUGGCAAGUAUGUUUUUUAGAACCAUAGCACAUGGAGUGUGUUUGGAGAAGCGUGGCCAUGCAACCGAUUAUUAACUUCUCCGAAUAUGCCACAUGGGCUUAAGGGCUACACAAAGGGGUUUUUACCAAAUAAAACUAUGGUGGUGGUCGGGCCUUCAGAGAAAGAGUAUGGAAAUGAGGAGUCAUGGAGAAUGAUCACCUUGCCAGUUGUGGAUUUCACAAAUCAUCAGCCAUGUUUAACAUAGUUAGUAGGUCUCCUAUCGCUCAUGGUUUUAGCACAAGCAUCUCAAAAACCAGUUCUCUGAGACUCUAGAAGUGAGCUGUAUAUCAAAGUUAUCUAGUCAUCCAAACUGUGCCAAUGUCAUCCUACAUGUCAGGUAAUAUGGGUGGUGGUUUGUUCAGAAAAAAUAUAUUGGGUCUGAACUUGGUACCCACAAUUAAUCCCUUCAGCAAUAUUUACAAUAAAGAGGCUGUUCAUCUCUACAAAUCAAUAUCUGCUGUUAGCCUUAUGCCUGUUCCCACCAAUGUUGGGAUAUUAUGGGCACAAACAUUGCUCCUGGGUAAUACAGCAGGGACAGCUGAUGAUAACCAAUGGCAGCAACAUAUAAUAUCAUGUAUGAGGGAAUCCAAGGUCCAACGAGAAAUUCUUCAUAUGUGUAAUGGUUGCUAACUGUCACCUCCUGCCAUAUUUGCAAACAUUCAGACAUGAAAGUAGAGUUUGGAAGAGUAUCAAGGGUAUCUAGGCAGUAUUUAUUGACCAUCAUAAAGGCAAAGUGAAAUAUCAUGAUUUUGCUUUAGAGAAUAUAUGCCUACCACUUUUCCCCCAAUGCAUGAUGCUCUUCAGGUCAAGGUUAGGCAUAACUGCGUUACUGUUGGCCUAUUUCCCUAUUGUUUAUAUCUUCCCCUACUUACCCCCUACUCUUACAGCUGCUGCAUGUGGAUCCUUCCAAAGACAGCCUUGUAUUGUACAUCUUCAUGUUGUCCACUGGGAUGAGAUAAAACAGCAGGGGUUGUGCAGGUAUCUCCCACCAAAGUUUUAUGCUUAAUUCAAAAAGAAUUGUCCCUAAAUGGUUUUCUGUGGUUUGGACACUGUCCAAAGCUGGGCCUCCUAUUCAUGGCCAAUAAUCUAACUCAAUACUUUCAUUUUGGGAGACAUCAUUUAGCAUUAACCUUGCAAGAACAAAUGCAUACUGGUACAAGCAUAAGAAAUAUUGUGGUCCUUUGUGGUUUCGAUAGGUGUCCUAAAUCUCAUUCUUGAGGGAGGGUCUUCAAUACUUAAUAUGAUCCCAUCACAAUUACACUAAGUUCUCAUUGAUGUUCAAGUCUCCAGCAGCAUUGUGACCCCAACAACAAUAUAACGGAUCAUGGAGGAUACCAGGAGCAAACCAUACCUCCCAUUAAUCAUCAGCGAAUCCAUUCUGAUAAGCCACAUGCAACACAUUAUACAUUGCUUUCCACAUAUAUCGCAUUGCAUCCCAAAGACAUGGCAACCAACUACUGCUUGGCCAAAGGGAGAUGCAACAUGCUGAAAACUCCCGCGGCCUUGGGAAUAGAGCGUCAAGAGCCAAUGGUCAGGGAACGUUUUGGUUUUUUAAGAUGUACUAUAACUACCAAACUGGUUACGGGUCAGUCAGAAGAAAGUCCCUUUGAUCCCAUCCAGUUCUCUGUGACGUGCACUUUAGUUUUCUAGACACUUGGGUGUUAAAUUUGCCUGUAUCUAUUUGGCUCAGUCCCAAAAAUUGCAUGUUACCUACCUGUAGGCCUUAAUCACAUAGAUCCUUAGAUCCAUCUAUUUCCCCAUAUUGACUUUAUGCAGAAAAUGUUUCCCUUCAUUGUCUUGGCCUCCCAGAAUGAUAUACUUAAUUACAUUGGCACGAAAGUUCUUCUAGGCAUCAUUUGCUCUGAAAUUUGUUUAAAAUUGAGGAAACUCUGGGAGCACUUGCCCUUUUUAUUGUCGUACCUCUUCUUCACCCCCCACAUAGGAUUAUUUUGGGGCUCUCGCUUGUGGCUUCCUUCCUUUGAUUUGUCUCCAUGGAACUCUCCCUUCCCUUCUAUUAUUCUCUCUUGGUUUUUGGCAAGACCUGACAUUGUAAAUAGUAAGUCUGGAUAUGUCUAACAAAUGGUUAAAGUACAGGGAACUGUUUUUCUUUCAUUUAUUGUAUUGAUAUGAAAUGAAAUUAUAUUUUUGUCAAAGUAUAUUGUAAUAAUACUGAUUCUGAAAAUGGCA